AUGGCCGUUCGAAUCGGUCUGCUGCGCCAAAGCGCAGUCAGCAUGCUGGCUCUGCAGACCACCGUCGCACCAGCAGCACGAUCAAGCACUGCGACCUGCUUGCGGAGCAGCAACAUAGCACGCACCACCGCUGGUUUCAUCCGGCACUAUGCUACGCCCACCAACGUACGUACACCUGACUCUUCCGAGCUGGACUCCUCAAUCACGCGCAUCCUCCCGUCUACGCGCUACGAGAAUGAGCCGCAGGUCGCUAUCAGCUACGAGCAGGCCCGCUCUCUGCUGUCCAAGCUGCUGGUUCAGCUUCGAACUACCGCAGAUCUUGCAUCCGCUGCCGAUCGCCAAUCUUACCAAGAAUCAGUGAACAAAGACAUCAUCUCUUUGAUACGGGAGUGGGGAUGCGAUGCCGAAGAUGUCACACAGCUCGCCAAUGCGCUCCUGUCCGCUUCGGGUGAUCCUCGUCGACAGCCGCUAGCCUUUCGCCUGUUCGAGGUCGCCCAUCAAGCUGGGUCAGACGACGCUGGCUACUACUGGGCAAGCAUGGUGCUACAAAACACAGCGCCUCCACCGCCCUCUGGCGAUUCCAAAGGCAGAGUACAACAGGCGGUGACUCUCUAUCAAGAGCUCUCGGCGGCAGGCAAUGCGCGUGGCUCAGCUGGCGUUGCCAAGCUAUUGCUUCAGCGCGUUCAGCAAGGCCACGUUGACAAGGUACAAUGGCCUUCGAUGAUCGAACAAGCCGUCAGGCUGUAUACACGAGCGGGCGACAAGGGUCUGGCAGAUGCAUGGUACGAUCUGGCAUCCCUAUUCCAGGAAUCGCGCUUCAAUCCACCGGAUCAACAGCGUGCACGCGACUAUCUCACCAAGGGCGCUCAGCUUGGUCACUCCGGCUGCCUUUACGCACUCGGCAUGGAUCAUUUGCUCGACGAAAACACUCGAGACAAGUCGCAAGCGUUUCGGCUCUUCAAGCAGGCAGCGGACCAGGGCGACGCUCAAAGCAUGUUUCAGGUCGGCUCCUUCUACUUCCUUGACAGAGACAGGAUGGCUCAGCAUCCGGAGGUGACUGCUGGAGACAAGACCAUGAAGCAGGCGCACAGAGAUACGUUUGGUAUCGAAGCAGAUGACGUCGAAGCGAGGUUUUGGCUUGAACAAUCAGCCAAAUCCGACUAUCCACCCAGCAUCUUGCAGCUGGCCACUUUGCUCGGUCAGCAUCGAGCGCUCGAACCCGGCUCUAGCCGCGAUUCUGAACUUCGCGCCAUCGAUGUUGCGCAGGCAGACCAGCUCUCGUAUGCUUUGCUGGCAAAGCUGCUCGCCAUCCUGAAAACCUCUGGCAAUCUGCCCUCGCUUCCGUCGCAAAAGGGACAAUGGUCCAACAGUCAAUUCAACGGCCUCAUUCCUCAGGCACAGGCGAUGUAUGAGAAGCUCGAGAAGAAGAUGGGAGAGUCGAGUGACGAAUAG